UACUUGUCAUGCGCAGUGUUGUUAUUGCAUGAUCUAAUUGUGUAUGGAUUAGAUUCUUCUGACAAUACGAGUUUAUUGUGUGCUAUUUGAAUAUAAUAAAAUAAGAUAUGCCAUUUUUUAGUAGUUCUCAGUUUGAUCAAGCUGUAGAGAAAGCUACAAGUGAAAAUAAUACUUCAGAAGAUUGGGCAACUAUACUCGAAAUAUGUGACAAAGUUGGAAUUACACCAAAUGGACCCAAAGAUUGCCUUCGUUCUAUAGUGAAACGAUUAAACAGCAAUGUACCUCUUCAUGCUAUGCAUGCACUUACUUUACUUGAUGCGUGUGUAAAGAACUGUGGCCGAAGUUUUCACCUUGAAGUUUGUUCCAGAGAUUUCGAAGCUGAAAUUAAAAAGCUUCUGCAUAAAGGUCAUCCAAGAGUUAUUGAAAAAUUGAAGGGUUUGUUAAAAAAGUGGAGUGAGGAAGACUUUAAAAACGAUUCUCAGUUAAGCCUCAUACCAUCACUGUAUAAUAGUCUGAAGAGUGAGAGAAGUGAUUUUUCAUCAUCUGUUACAGUUCAAUCAAGCAAACCUGCAAUGCAGCGACUUAAGGAUACAAGUAUUGUGUCAAGUAAGGAAGAAGAAGAUCUUGCAAAAGCCAUUGAGUUAUCUUUGAAGGAGACUGGGUCAUCACCAAAGCAGUCAGCAUCAUUAUAUCCUAUAGCAUCUGUAUCCAGCUCUUAUGCGUCACAGAAAAUGACACAAAAAGAACCAAGAAAAGUGAGGGCUAUGUAUGAUUUUGAAGCUGCAGAAGAUAAUGAAUUAACCUUCAAGGCUGGAGAAAUUGUUUUAGUACUAGAUGACAGUGACCCUAACUGGUGGAAAGGCUCCAAUCACCGCGGAGAAGGCCUCUUCCCAGCAAAUUUUGUUUCAGCUGAUUUGACCACUGAACCAGAAACUGUCAAAGCACUUGAAAAGAAAACUGUUCAGUUUAAUGAAGAAGUUAGAGUUAAGACUGUGGAAGAAGAUCAAGAAGUUGAGAUUGAUGAGGACAAAAUUGACCAAAUGUUGCAUUUAUUACAUGAAGCUGACCCUACUGGUGAACGGCCAGAUUCUGAGGAAUUACUUGCCUUAGAAGAACACUGCUUAGCAAUGGGUCCUCUUAUUGAUCAAGAACUUGAACAAAUAGACCGUCGGCAUGCAUCUCUUACUACAGCAAAUCAGCUUCUAGUGGAAGCACUGCAUUCUUACCAAACACUUAUGAAAGAUUACUCCUCUUUACCAUAUAGCUCUUAUCCAGUACAAGAUGUCAUGCACAGAUAUGUACCCUCGCAAGUUCCUCAACAGAUGUACAGUGGAUCUCACUCGCUUCCAAAUGCUUACAUCCCUGUAGAAAACUAUCAACCUCUGCCAGUACCUCAUACUGACCAUUAUCCUGUUGUACCCCCACCAUCAGGAGCUUUGCCAACUACACAUCAGUCAAGGAUGUUGCAUUCAGGAGGUAUGCCUCAUAUUCCUUAUGGUGCAUCAAAUCAGAAUUCUUUUGCUAGCAUCCCUCAAAGUUCAGCUGUUAUAACUAGUGGUAACUACGGUCCGCCACAUCAAUCUAGAGAACAAAAUGGAAUAUAUUAUGGUGAUAUGGCUGUAAACUCCAUGCCACCAAGCUCUACUCCAUUAUCAUUGCAACAGCAACCUAUGUUAUGAAAAGCAUUGGAACUCACUUCCUAAGUGCCACAAAAUUUGUUAAAUAUCCUGCUUAGGUAUUAUAGAGUUCCAAACCCUAUGGGCGAGUAAUAAUUGUAUAGUAUAUAUAAUGUCACGUGAUGUGCAUAUGCUGAAGGUCGUAUAAGAUAUAAAUUUACAUCUGUAUAGCUAUGUAGUUCUUAUGUGUCUCACUAAAGUUUAUAUAUUUUUUCCAUUUUUCUGACUGCAAAUUCUGAAUUUUUAUCUCAAAUAUAUGAGCAAUGUGUAAAGAUACUUUAGCUCCAAUUAUUCUGCUUUUAUUCGUCAAGUACUCAUGUAAAAUCAUGUACUUCUAGAAACAUGCCCUAUUAUAAAAGUCACAUUCCUGAAUGUAAUGCAUGUUUUAGAAACAAAAUAUUUAUAAAAAAUUCUCAUUGUUUUGAACUAUUAUUGAUACAGCAUCUGAUGUACAAUGUUUAUAAAAGAACUGAAUUAAUGAAGUAUUUGUAUGUUUGUAGAUAUGUAUUCAAUGUGUAAGUUUGUUUUGAUCUUUUCCUUCCUGAUUUUGAAAAUAAUAUAGUAUCUUUUCUGGGGAGUCAAACUGCAUGUUAUGUCGUAAUAUGAAAUUUACAGAAUUGUUUCAACGAUAAUUUGAAUGGAAAUAGCAGAAGUAAUUUUAAAAUAUCUUCUAUGAAUGUCUUAAUAAUGUAAUCAAUGAAGUAGUAUUAUUUAGAAUCCAAGUAAGUAAUAUUCCAGAGAGUAAAAAAGAUUAGUGUAUAUAGAUUGUAUUUGGAAUUCCAAAUUAAUUCAUAAUUAUGACUACUUUUUAUGCAAUUUUAUGAUUUGAAACUGUCAUUGUAAAAUUAAUAUUUCUGUGUUGGGAGUUUUAUCUGUAAAGAGGAAAAAAAAAAUUUUUUUUUAAUGUUCUUAUGUAAAAUACUCACCUAAUUAAUUCUUUGAUAAUACGGAGAUGAUUUUAUAAAAAAAAAAGCAAAGCUUAAUUUGCGGCUACUGAUAAUGUAAAUACAAAAAAUUAAUAUAUUGUGCAUAUGGUGUUUGUAUUGUAUAGAGUAGCAGAUUUAUAUCCUUAAAAUGUACAUGUAUACAUGUAUAAAUUCUGUACAAAUGUAUACCCUGAAUAGAUAUAUAUGCAAAUCCAAUCCUGAACAAAAUUUCUUGCAUCAGAAGCAUGAAAUACUGUCUGUGGAUAAAAUUUGAUACAGCGCUUUAAUUUCUUUUAUCUGUGUACGUAAUUUGCAGUUUUAAAAAAACUGUGAAAUAGGUGUUGUAAUGUCUAAAUGUUUUGCAUUUUAAAGGUUAUUGCAUAAUUUUAGCAUGAAAAUUUGAGUUAUAUUUCUUUUUUGUAUAUGUUAAUAAGUAUAUAUUCUGUACCUGACAAAAGCUGUGUUUUCAGAUUCUUGUGUAAAUAUUAGAUUAAACUAGUGAAAAAUAAUUUCUAAUGCUUGCUCACAUGUUUCUGUGAUUGUGCGUUUAUAAAGUGUUUUGUAUUGCUGCUUUAUUAUAAGGAGGAAAAUUAUGUGCAUAAAACUCUUGUUUCUAAACUAAGAAUGAUGUUUUAAUAUGUGUAUAAAAAUCUUAUUAUUGGGGGAGCUUAUUUGAGAAGUUGUUGGUUGAUUAUGCUGACAACAAAGAUUUUAUUUCGUGAAAGUAAGAAUUUUAUUUAUAAAUUGAAGUUAAAAAGACAAAAACAAAAAAAAAAAAAAAAGGUUGAAGAUGCAUCUGUAGGUCCUGAUACUUCUUGAUGUCUCAAAGAAAUAAAGAAUAAUUUUCCUUUUAAUUUCUAGUACUUAAAUCAGAAUAUGGAUUUAAAUAUUUUUAAGAGUACUAGUCUUCUGUACAAGUUCAUAUUUUAUUAGUGAUUCAACACAGUUUUUUUUUAAAUAUUUAAUACUGGUCAUUGUCUGAUUAAAAUUAACCCUUCAAGUGUUGUGGGCAUAAAAUUCUGCAUAGAAGGAUGGCUUUCCAAUUCGUUACACACAAAAAUUUCUGUCAGCUCCCGAUAUAUCUGAUUUUGUUUUGAAUAUAUAUUGGAAGAAAAGAAAUCAAGUUGCAGAUAAUGCAAUUAUAAUCUAGAAAAUACCACCUAUUGAUGACAUUUGGGAGAACUUUGAAAUUUAAGGACAAGUCUGUAAUGCUCAGAAGAUUAAGUGAACCCCAAGAUAGCAAGGAAUAUAUAUAAAUAGUCACACAAGUUCAUUACACAGCACCAAUUUAUGUGAAAAUAUUAAUUGUAUAACUUCUGAUUAUUCAUAUGUUUCUAAUAUAGAUUCUGUGAAUCUGUUUUGUAAAGUUUAUAUUCGUUUGCAUUGUAGUUAUAUUAUUUUUCUAAAUUUAUUUCUUUUUCUAGUUUG